AUGAUUAACAUGAUUCUUUUAGCAUCUAGUUUGAAUUGUUAGGGUUUUAGGGAUAGGCGGGAGGCCAUGGCCGCUUGCCGCUGGCGCUCCGCGGCGCUCCAAUCUCCUGGAGCUGGACAUGGAUCGGAGGUUCCGCCGGAAGAGCUCCUGGCAAGGAUUCAAGAUUUUAUCAAGGAGUUUCUUUCUCAUAUCAAGGAUCGAUCGAUCCUGGUGAUCAGUCUGGAUAAAUUUCGGAUGCGCAGGCUUCGCUCUUCCGAGGACACGAAUCUCGGGAUAUUUGAAAGAUGUGAGGCGCAAGAAAGGCUCUCACUCCAAACAAGUGGUCGUAGAAUCCUCGCUAUGCUCAGGGUCCUUCAAAUUGUCCAAUCGCUACUCCAGCAGGGAAAGCAUGCAUCGAAACGAGACCUCUACUACACCGAUCCUGGUCUAUUCAAAGAUCAAGCAACCGUGAACCAAGCUUUGACUGACAUUUCCGUCAGGCUCAAGUGUACUAGAUCUUCUCUUCACGUAGUUUCUGUCGGCAAAGGUUUAAUCAUGGGAUCGCUGCGAUUCAAGGAUGCUGACAGGACAAUUGACUGCUCGGUUUGCAAGUCGCGCGGCUACCCCAUUCCCACAGAUGCGAAGAUGGUAACGGACAUCCGCAGUUGUGCAGAAUACAUUAUCGUAGUCGAAAAGGAAACCGUCUUUCAGCGACUGGCAAAUGAUGGAUUUUGCAGGAAGAACAACUGUAUAGUACUAACUGGGAGAGGGUACCCCGACGUGGCCACGAGGAGUUUCUUAAGGCUUCUGGCAGCUGAAACAAAUUUGCCCGUUUAUGGAUUGGUGGAUGCCGAUCCGUAUGGCCUGGACAUCCUUGCUACAUACCGCUUCGGCUCGCUGACCAUGGCUUACGAUGCUGAAGCUCUUGCUACACCAAGCAUUCGAUGGCUAGGAGUUUUCCUUUCUGAUUGCCAAACGCAUAAUGUCCCGGAUAGGUGCCUCCUUCCCCUGACAAACGACGAUAGAAGAAAAGCCGAAGCGAUGCUCAACAGAGACUACUUGGAGCACUUGGCAUUCUCUUGGAACCAGCAGUUGCGGCUGAUGCUGGAGAAAGGUGUCAAACUCGAGCUGGAGGCACUGUCGGCUUCUAAAUUUUCCGCGCUCGCGGACGACUACAUUCCGCAUAAGAUCAAGGCGGCAGCAUAUUUGUGCUAGUAUCCUUCUCGGACAGCAAACCGGUGCGUCAUCCAAUCAACACAUUCAAAGGGAGCAUCGCAUUAUUACAGAGCACCUCGACGGGAAUAAUCUCUCUUGAUCCCGCCUGCAACAUAUAUGUGCUUCUUACAUGGUAUUUUGUUUCACUGCAAAGCUUAUGUUAUGCAUGCGAAUCUCACACUCUGUGCUAGUCUCACUUCUGUCGCAUCACAGAGUGACACAUUCGAUCGAACUAUGGUUGAAGUGCCAAGACAAUCGGGCAGACUGAACAAAAUUCCAGCUUGCCCCGAGUAUGUGAAGCGAUAGUAGAGUGGAGUGGCCACACGUAUAGAGGGGCAAGGAUUGAGCUUGGACGUGUAGCUCGUUCCAGGGUCUUGGCAACCCGGGAGGUCGUAAACAUCGAGCCUGCUGUUUGCAUCAACUUGAGUGAUUAAGAUUGUGAUCACCGCCAGGACUGCUGCCAUGAUCUUCAAGAGAUUGAGUGCCUGAUCAAACAAGAGCAAAGGAGUCGUUAAUAGGUGUAAUACGAUGCAAAGUGUGCAGCCAAA